AUGAGACGUUGCCGGCGGGAGCGCGCAGUGCGUGAAGUUUUGCAAUGCUUCAAGCAGGCAUUUCUCAGACCGCGAAGGACGUUGAUAAUGUCUGUCGCUGCGGCAUAUAAUAGUCGAAGUGAGGAAUCUUCAGACUGUGAUGUUGGGAUUACGGACGAUGAGAUGGAGGGGCUGCUGACGGAACUCGAUACAGCGAAGAAUCUGUUAAAGUCGACGAUUCAGUGCAAGCGCUGCGGGAAACGGCUGGUGAUAGACAAAAAGCAGGCCACCGUGCAGUACUGUGAGUACGUAUCUUCUUCUUUUUCAUUAGCUUGUAAAAAUCCACUGUUGGAUAUGCACUUCAACGGUUGUAGACAGGUUUUGUCAUAUUCUUUACGCCUAGUUAGCUGCUAA